GCCAAGCAUGGGGUGUGCGCCUGUGGUCCCAGCUACUUGGGAGGCUGAGGUGAGAAGAUCGCUUCAGCCAGGGAGGUCGAGUCUGCAGUGAGCUAGGAUCGCACUGCUGCAUUCCACCCCGGGCCACAGAACCAGACCUUGUCUCAAAACAAACAAAAAAUAAAUCCAUGUAUGUUAGCAACAAUUACAAUGUAAUUUAAAACUUCCCCAUUCCAAUUCCAUCCUCACCAAGCACGUUCUUUCGCCUGCAGCUUCGGUCUAGAGCCUGAGCGAGCCGAGCUGCGGAUGCCAGGGGCUGGGUGGACUCCGCAGCUAAACUCCUAUUGUAAAACACGCACCUGCUUCUACCGCGGGUGUACACAUGGUUUGCCAGGGUGUGCGCGUCUUCCCAAGGGAUCUGGGGACCAGAUUCCAGCUCCUGCCAUCGGGAGGCAUGGUAAGAGCCCGUAGGGGACACAAUCCUGAGCACCGCAGAUACCGAGGUCCCCGAUGCGCUCCAGUCUGUCAACAGAGGCUUCAGGACCGCGGGGUCCUUUCAAACGUCCGCCAGUCCCAGGCCAAUCACCGCGCAGCUUCUUCCGGGAUCGUCGCCAAUCAUCGGCCGUUGCGUCUUGCGGGUAAAGAGGGGUAAGUGAAGCUUCGGACCCGUCCAUCUUUCUUGAAGGCAAGAAGCCUCUCUUCUACUUCCCAGACACCCCGCCUUGCCCACCAGAAAAAGCUUCCGAAGCGGCUUUAUUUAAGGGCAAGUGGUACGAUGAGGCCAGAGAAGUCAGAAAGGCUCCAUAUUUGAUAUGGUCAAAGAAUGGCGCCCUUAAGAGCAGCCUGUGACAAUUGAAGCUAGGUGGUCGCCAUGUUUUCUGAAGGCACCUUCCGGGUCCCUUAACCCGGGUGUCUAUGUCCAAGCGGCCAUGAAGUGAAUUAACACUGAGGAAUUAUAUUUGUCCCUAUCAGAAUCCUCGAAUCCCUAGCAGCCAGUCCCUGCUAAUUCGGUUGCCUCGGCUGCGUUCGGACGCCACGGCUGGGCGGGGCCGCCCUUCCUGUGGACGACGACAGCUGAGGCCAGGAGCGGGGAGACGGCGGCCCCAGGGACCUGGCGGCCGCCGAUCGGGGCUGCAAGGCCCCAUGGCGCCGCCCCCAGCCCCGCUCCUGGCGCGGAAGCCCGGGGAGACCCGGCCUGGUUGCAGGAAGCCCGGGGCUGUGAGCUUCGCGGACGUAGCCGUGUACUUCUCCCCGGAGGAGUGGGGCUGUCUACGGCCCGCGCAGAGGGCUCUGUACCGGGACGUGAUGCGGGAGACCUACGGCCACCUGGGCGCGCUCGGAUUCCCAGGCCCCAAACCAGCCCUCAUCUCUUGGAUGGAACAGGAGAGUGAGGCUUGGAGCCCCGCCGCCCAGGAUCCUGAGAAGGGGGAAAGACUGGGAGGAGCUCGGAGAGGAGAUGCCCCAAACAGGAAGGAGGAGGAACCCGAGGAAGUUCCAAGAGCCAAAGGGCCUAGAAAGGCUCCUGUGAAGGAGAGUCCUGAAGUGCUGGUGGAAUGCAACCCUGACCCAGCUAUUAGCGUGGCCCCGGCACGGGCACAGCCACCCAAAAAUGCUGCCUGGGACCCGACCACAGGAGCACAGCCCCCCACACCCAUGCCCAGCGUGGAUGCUCAGGCCGGCCAGCGGCGCCAUGUGUGCACGGACUGCGGCCGCCGCUUCACCUACCCCUCGCUGCUGGUCAGCCACAGGCGCAUGCACUCCGGGGAGCGACCCUUCCCCUGCCCCGAGUGUGGCAUGCGCUUCAAGAGGAAGUUCGCAGUGGAAGCGCACCAGUGGAUCCACCGCUCCUGCUCUGGGGGGCGGCGGGGUCGGAGGCCUGGGAUCCGGGCUGUGCCUCGGGCCCCAGUCCGAGGUGACCGGGACCCGCCUGUGCUCUUCCGGCACUACCCAGACAUCUUCGAGGAGUGCAGCUGAGCAGCACCGCAGGCUGGAGUUGAGCCUGACCUUGGCACGAAGGACCGACGGAGCCCUGAGGUGGGCCACUGAGUCGGGGACUCCAAAACUGAAAUUCAUGCCCUGGACUUUCCUCAAGGAUCCCUCAAGUUUCCAACUUGUAAAAAGAAAAGUGCCUGUAAAGAUUCGAAUAGAUUAGACUUGCCACCCCUCUCCCCAGUCUUUUGUAAAAAAAAAAAAAAAAAAAAAAAAAAAAGAA